AGAUCCAAUGGCCGUUAACUAAGGACCUGACUGCGGUGAAAUUGGAUGAUUCACAUUAUUUCUUCUCAUUUCAAGCUUUGAUAGAGGAUCAUUUGGAUUCCAGUGAUGACGAGAAAGAAAAGGGUAAAAAAAAGGAAAGAAAAGGGUAAAAAGGAGAAAGAAAAGGGACCGAUGGAUGAUACGUUGAAUUAUGGGUUGACGAUUGCUUCAAAGGGUCAGGGGAAAUUGUUGAAGGAGCUGGAUGUUAUUUUGAAAAGUUACAGCAGGUUUUCUGUUCAGAAGGUGGAGGAAAAGGCGGCAUUGGCAAUGGGAGGAACAGUGGCAAGGGAGUUGUCUCCAGAAGACUUGAAAUCGGAGAAAAAGAAGGAGAUAUUGGAAGAGCGAUGCGCUCAAUACUGGACCACGUUAUCCCCCAAUGUGAAGGAGUAUAGUGGAUUAGCUGCAAAAUUAGUUGUUCAAGGAUCAGGUCAGCUGAUCAAGGGGAUUUUGUGGUGUGGAGAUGUGUCAGUAGAACGAUUGAAGCGCGGAAAUGAUAUUUUAAAGCAAAGGAUGGCUUCAGGGACGAAGACCGAGACUAGUCCUGAGACAUUGAAGAGGAUAAAAUUUAAUUUGACAUUUAGUCAGAAUUAUGUCUAUGAAUAAAUUUUGGUCGAUCCUUCACAAGCUAUCAUCUACUGAGAAUAUAUUUAAGCAACUAUGGAAUCUCUAGUCUA